GGAACGAGAGCGUGAGCUGUACGGGCCCAAGAAGAGAGGACCUAAGCCUAAAACUUUUCUUCUGAAGGCUCGGGCCCAAGCGGAGGCCCUCCACAUUGGGGAUGUACACUUUUCUGUCAAGCCUGGUUCCAGCACCUCCUCUCCCAAGCUCCACUCCAGCGCCGCGGUGCACCGGCUCAAGAAAGACAUCCGGCGAUGCCACCGCAUGUCCCGGCGCCCCCUGCCCCGUCCAGACCCCCAGAAUGGCGGGAGCGUGGGUGGCGGGGUUGGCAUCCGUCCUCCUGUCUCACCCUUCUCGGAGACCGUCCGCAUCAUCAACCGUAAGGUGAAACCCCGCGAGCCCAAGCGCAGCCGCAUCAUCCUCAACCUCAAAAAAGGUGGGAAGCCAGCCAACGGGGCCGGGGGCCUGGCUCGACCCAAGAUCCCAUCCCGAAACCGUGUCAUCGGCAAGAGCAAAAAGUUCAGCGAGAGCGUCCUCCGCACCCAGAUCCGCCAUAUGAAGUUCGGCGCCUUUUCACUCUACAAUAAGCCGUCCGCUGCACCUGCCCCCUCCCUGGAGGGCAAAGGGGAGGCCGAAGGCUCCCAGGCAGCCUCUUGUGGGCUCAUUAUGGGCUCCACCCCCUAUGAUGCCCACAGCUCCAGCUCCUCAGGCUGCCCAUCACCUGCCCCCCACUCCUCCUCCGACCCAGAUGAUUCCCCUCCGAAGCUGCUCCCUGAGACCCUCAGCCCAGCCAUCCCCGACUGGCGUGAGUCAGAGGUCCUCGACCUCUCGAUCCCGCCUGAGUCAGCCGCCACCAGCAAGCGUUCUCCAUCAGGAGGGUGUGGCGGGGGGCAGACACCCUCCUUGUCCCUCUCCUCUUCUGACCCGGAGCAGGAGACCGGCGACUGGCGUCCCGAGAUGUCCCCCUGCUCUAACGUGGUGGUCACGGAUGUCACCAGCAACCUCCUCACCGUCACCAUCAAGGAGUUCUGCAAUGCGGAGGAUUUUGAGAAGGUGGCGGCGGGCAGCGGAGGAGGCAGCAAGUGAGCAGCCAGAUUCCCCUGCUCCAGGGGCAUGAGGGGAGCUCUUCCUGUGAGAAGUCGUGGUGCGAAUGGCUGUCCUUAGUUCUCUCCUUCUCCCCUUGGCUGUCCCUCUGCCCUCACUGCCACCUUUCCUCCUCCUUUCCCCCUGCCCACUCCCUCCUGCCUGGAGGCUGGAGCAUGUCAGUAGGGGGGAGUGGGGAGGCAGGGAGGGUCGUGGUGGGGCUGAGGAGUGGUUGUUUGUCCUUGAAUGUGGUGUUGUCCAACGGGCAGUGGAGCCUUUGGGGAUGAGGGAUGGGUGAGCAUGUGUCUGUGUGCCUGUGGGAGUGGUGGGGAAGGUGCUCUUCCCCCUCCUCCCCCUU